AAGCCCAGUUUCUUUUCUUGGAGUAAAGAUGGAAGGCGUGCGACCGCCUCCCCUCCGGAGCCUGGAUGAUUUCCUCCUGAGCUCGGCGAGGUUCGCGCUGCCAGAUGUUCGCGACCUGGACCGCUGGAACAACCGGAUCAUCAACAACCUGCUCUACUACCAGAGCAACUACUUCCUGUCCGCGCUGGGCCUGCUGCUGCUCGUGGGGUAUUUCCGACCCUUCCAGUUGUUUGUAGGGGCAGUGGUGGUCUCCUUGUUGUUCCUUGGCUUUGUCUGGGCUGCCGAGAACCAAGCUCCCAUUCGCCGUUUCCGUAGAAACCACCCGUUGAUCUGUGUGUUGGCUGUCCUGGUGGCCAGUUACCUCUUAAUUUUGGUGCUGGGAGGCGUGGCUGUCUUCCUGUUUGGCAUAGCCUUCCCUAUAAUGAUGGUUCUGCUCCAUGCGUCGAUGAGACUGCGGAGCCUCAAGAACAAGCUGGAGAAUAAACUGGAAAGCAUCGGUUUGAAGAGGACACCCAUGGGACUCCUGUUAGAGGCCCUGGGACAGGAACAGGAAGCUGGAUCCUAGAGAGGAGGAGGAGAAGGAAGAGAAGGUGUGUGCGGGUGGAGGAGGACAGGUUGGGUGCAGUCUAAGGGGAAUGAAUAGAGAAAUUGAGGUUAAGAAGUGGGUGGGAAAUUGGAAGAGGAGAGGAAGAAUAUAGGCGGAGAUAAUUACAAGAAGAAAAAGCAUUGGAAAAAAAGAGUAAAUGGAACGAAAGGGGUGGUUUAUGUAAUGAACAAAUUAUUAUUCAGCAGUGAAGGAUGAGACCUACUCUGUGGUCCAAUAGGAAAACGACAGGAAUCAUCAUUAACACGUUUAAAGUAUCCCUGACUGUUUCCUGCCAAAACUUGCACUUUCAUUGACUGUUCAUUGUAUUAUUUCAUUUAUUUUGACAUGACUGUUUUUGCUCUACAUACAUGACGUGUGCAGCACUGUAGUUGCAGUGUGAAGUGUGUUCUGCUCUCUGUUCAGCAUAGUCAUACUGAGGCCUGAUAUGACAGAUUAGUAGUCAUCAUAGUUUAUUUUAUUUUAUUCAUUAAAAUCACUACUCAGAGUAUUUAUCCCGUGAAAAUGUAGCUUUAAUCUUGAAAUGUUACUUUUUCUUAUGAAAUUAUAACGAUUCUGAAAAUGUCACAACUUGAUUCUCCUAACACUUUGACUCAUUUAAAAAUAUAUGGACGUUAUUCUAUAAAGUCUCCACUAUACUUCCACAUCCUGCUUACCUGACUAUCCACAGGGUCUAAGUACAAACUUUGUAUGCAACCAAAGUAUUGUAAUGAUAACAGGCCUUUUCACUCUUUUAAUUAUAGCAGUCUCAUUCAUGAGGAACAACUGUGAUAUGCAACUAAAGACUAUAACUUCAGUGUUUGUCACUAAAACCUCUAAACUCACUGCAAGAAGCAUGAAAUAUAAGUGAAGUGAACUCACCACAGUGCUUUAAAAAAAAUGAAGAGUCGAGUAAAAUCCAGGAAAAUGUAGUUGUAAAGCUUGUAUUCUUAAACAUGCUUAAUUUCAAGGAAAUCUGAGUAUUCACGUGAAGAGAAACUCAUCAGUUCCCAGAGUUGGGAGAAGUAGGAAAAUAUGAAGGAAGCAAAUCCUUUUAGUUCCCACAUUUCUAAACCUGUAUUUAUGUCAGAGAAAAGGCUUCACCCACAGAGCUGCCCGAAUUCUUCACUGCUGGUCGGUGGAAUCUGCCCAGUCUCCCUGUGCUGGGAGAAGCUCUACUGUAGUAUAACUAACAACAAAACUCUUUGAACGUCCACUUUAUUCCUUAAUCAUUUCAAUUCUUGUUAUCUCAGCCAGUAAGUAGUUCGCAAUAUUCCUCUGUCACAUUUUGUUUUUUGACCCACUUGCUGCAGCUGUUGGUGGAUUUGUUGAACUGAAUAGAUACAAAUUUAGCACACUUAUUCAGUGCUUAUUCCCAGGGGAUGAAUCCUAUUGGCUGAUGAUCCCCUUACUUUUCAUUUCCACUUCCAAUAUGUCACAAUUCUAAAUUGUUCAGUGAUGUAUCUCCAUAACCACUAGAUUUAUGGAGACCAAAGAAAAAGCUGCGUUAAGCUAGGUUCUGUAACUAAAUGCUAUCUCUCCAGUUGAAGGUUUCUUUCAUGAAAACAAUGCAACUUGUUGUGAAGCUUUGCUGGGCUCCAUAUUCCAGUGUUUCCCAUGAAUUAUCCCGACUGUGGCAGCUCGCCAUACUAAAACUUUUCAUUAUGAACCAAGUGACCCAGGUUAGCCUGCAUGUGAGCCCCUGUUACCGCGAUAGAUUAAAUCAUUUCUGUGGAAAAACUGAUUGGCAUCUAGUACAGCACAAGACAAUUAGGAUUAAUUCACAAUUUAAUCAGUUAGCGUACAAAACCACUACAACUUCCUCCAAAUAUAAACCAGUGCACUCUUCUAAUGUCAGUUGGUUUAAUUACAGACAUGUCUAAACCAAUGACUCUAUAUAAAGAUGGAGGAUGCAUCUCCACUUCUUCCUGCCAAAAAUGACGCCUUGUCCCAUGUGCGAACAUGGAAAAAGUUGGAUUUCUGACCUAUGCUGCGUCAAGCCACCAGGGGGCAAUCAAGAUGAUGGUUUGGCUUCACUUUUGGGGCGUUGUUAUGUCUUCCAUCUUUAUAUAAAGUCAAAGGUCUAGCUAGUUAAGACCACUCGCCUCACCACGAAUGGUGUUGUGUCAGACUCGGGUUGUUUAUCCUGUGAUAGUCCAAGCGUAAUGGGACAACAGUAAAGUACAACA